AUGGCUGAGGUUCUCGGACUCGUUUCAAGCUUCGCAGCGAUAAUACAACUAGUUCAAUAUGGCGAAAAGUUCGCAAAAGCCUUGUAUCAGUAUUCGGAACAGAGAGGCUAUCGAGCUGAAAAGAUUGAGCACUACGCAAACGAUGUCGUAACAUUUUCGGAUGUCGUGCGUACUGCUCACUUCUCACUCAGUCAACAUUGCAAGAAGUAUCCGGGAUCUCCUGUUCUCGACUUUAUCGCAACACAAGGGGUACUCAACAACAUAGCCUUUCAGUCAGGAUCUGUCGAGCAGCGACUUAAGAAAGCCACCAGCCAGAUCAGAAGUUGCCUGGGAAGUAAGAGCUUCGUGCUGAGUUUCUUCAAUUGGUUGUACCAGAAGGACUCAAUCAAAGAUCUAUUUCCAGAAAUGGAGAGCAUCAAAACAAGUCUUCAACUCCUGCUGGCGACGGCGCAUUUUGAGAUUGUGACCAUGGAGCGCAACGACCCGCGUCCGGGGUCAAGCAUGACAGACAUGAAGGGUUUGGAAAUUACCACGUAUGCAUAUCGAACAGCGAAGCGUUUGUCGGGUCGUAGAUUCAUUCAAGUACUAAUUGAGCGCUGGACUAGAUAUCGCUUGAAGGAGAUGAUCCAGAUGCUGAUGAGAGCACUGGUGAACGUUCACGCGGAGAGAAGGGAGAUAGACCGCCAUAAACCAGCUAGCACGGCUAAAGGGUCGAAGCUAUCCAUAGGUCAACCCCAUGAUAGUCUUCUUCAGCUAGGACAAAGUAUAGUGGAAACUGGAAAAGUUCCCGAGCCAAACCCCGCCUCAGCUGCUUCAUCGUCGUAUUCUAUCGACAGAACAGAGGUGAUGACGCUAACCUUACGGCAAAUGCCCAUAGACAAAGCUGACAACUUCGCAGAUUCACGGACUGUCACGCAGCGGAUCAACGAUUUCGUCACUUUCAGCUCCUCGGAAUAUAAUACUUGCCUCGGAUAA